AAAAAAAAAAAACUAGAAAGAAAAAAUGUUUAAGAAAACAGUAGAAGCAAAAUCACAACAAAGAUUAUCAGGAGCAGACCGCAAGAAAUUGAAAAGAACAAUCCAACAACUUUUCCCAAAUGCUUCCGAUUCUGACCUCGAUAUCUUAAUCCCUCCCAAGGUAGAGGUAACUGUCUCGAAGCACCCAAACCGUCUGCUUAUUUACUGUUUGGAAGGUGGACUGCCAAUCUUCUUUGAUGUUGAUAGCAGAGGCACAUCCAUAUUCCCAACGGUCUAUUCGCUAUGGAAGGUUCCUCACCUUCUACCCGCUUUCACUCUAAAAGGUGGUGAAGUUUCACGUUAUGUGAUUGGUGGGGCAGAUUUAAUGUUUCCGGGCAUUAGUGUAGGUGCAGAGGGUCUCCCAGAGUUUUUAGCUGGAGAACUUUGGGCUGUUAUGGUUCCUGGUAAUCCUGCUCCCAUUGCGGUUGGGUCUACUUGCAUUAGCAGCUCUGAGGCUUUAAAAGCUGGUCUUCGUGGAAAAGCUUUAAAGAUCAGCCAUCACUAUCGGGAUGCACUUUGGGAAUCAGCGGAAGGUCGAUAUGUGCCCAAUGCCGGGUUUCUGGAUGAUGUUGUAUUUGAGGACCCCUCUCUUUCAACCACUUCUCAGCAAUCUGAUGCAAACCAAACAAGUGAUCAUGAGAAUGGUGAUAACACAGAAUUAGAGGUGGCUAUGGGUGACCCAAAUGAUGACCAACAAAUAACAACUGAUUUUGGUGAUUUGAAGGUGACAGAAAAUGAUCAAAGUGAUAAAGGCACUAAUGAGGAUCAAAUCACUCUUUCAAUUGAGGAUGUAGAUGCACUUUUAGACAAAUGCCUUUUGCAAGCCUUUUACACUACCCUUAAGGAUAAAGAUCUUCCCAUUGCUGGAAGCACAUUAUGGUCGAAUCAUGUGUUACCUUGUAGGCCACCAGGCAUUGUGCUGGAUAUUAAGAAGUCAUCACAUAAAAAGUUAUCUAAAUGGCUACAAUCCAAAUCUUCUGAAGGACUGAUUUCAUCAAAAGAAGAUAAAUAUAAAAAGGAAGUCAUGGUUUUGGCUAUUAACCGCAAACAUCCAGAUUACAUAUCUUACAAACCGGAAAAACAAGAAGUUGAGAAAGUUGAACAAGCUGUCGACCCCAGUAGUGAAGCUGAUAUCAAAAAUUCAAUGGAAGUUAUCGAGAUUUACAAACCAAGUGUGCAUGUAAACCCAAUUUUCACAUCACUGGGGGCUGAUACUCGACAACUUUAUAGUGCUGCUGAAGCCAGUGAAGUUGUCUUUGCUUAUGUUGAAAAAGAAAAUCUGGUAAGACCGACGAACAAGUCAAUUGUGGUUUUAGAUGCAGUUUUAUGUGAUGCCUUAUUUAAGGGAGCAAUUAAGAAAGGAUCAAUGUAUCCUUCGGAAAUACAUAAGAAGGAUUUAGCCCCGACAUUUAUAAAUAGGAUGCAAGCUCAUCAUCAAGUGACGAGAGGAAAAGAGUCUGUUGUAAAGAAAGGUGGUUUGAAACCUCUGCAGAUGCUGACUGAGCGAAGGCAAGGAAACAAGAAAGUUACAAAGGUUUCGGGAAUGGAAUCUUUUUUGAUAGAUGCUGAACUGUUGGCAUCAGAAUUGCAGAAGAAGUUUGCUUGUAGCACCUCGGUUACGGAAUUGCCAGGGAAGAAGGGACAUGAGGUUUUGGUUCAAGGUGGGGUUAUUGAUGUGCUUGCUAAAUAUCUCGUUGAACAAUACGGGAUCCCGAAGCGAUACAUUGAAGUUCUCGACAAAACAGCCAGAAAAUAAAAUAGAUCUUGUGUAAUUUCUUUAUCUCGUGAUAACAAUGUCUAGAAAAAUAUGAGAUACGUGAGUUUUGGAAGUAGCAUGGCAUGCAACUAUAAAAGCUA